UAUCAGUUUGCGGACAAUCAAGUAACAAACAUGAAGCUGACCAUUGCCACCGCCCUAGUUGGGAUCCUGCUUAUUGCCUGCGCCCAUGUUGCCAACGGUUCGGAUUGUGGCUGCCCCAAAAGAACCACUCCCAAGCCCUGCACCACAGCAAGGCCAACUUGCGCGCCAGUAACAACCACCACCUGUAGGCCACCCACAACUACUCGCUGCCCGCCACCCACAACUACUCGCUGCCCGCCACCCACAAGGCCAGCUGAAUGCACCGCAACAACUAAGCGCCCCACAGCUAGGCCCACAACUAAACGCGCCACAACUAGACGCACCACAGUUAGGGCCACCACUAAGCGCGCCACAACUAGGCGCACCACUAAACGCGCCACAACUAGACGCACCACAGUUAGGGCCACAACUAAACGCGCCACAACUAGGCGCACCACAACUAAACGCGCCCCAACUAGGCGUGCCACAACUAAGCGUGCCACAACUAGGCGCAACCCAACCAGACGCACCACAACUAGGCGUGCCCCAACUAAGCGUGCCACAACUAAGCGUGCCACAACUAGGCGCAACCCAACUAAGCGCAAGACAACCAGACGCACCACUGUGAGGGCCACCAAAACAACUAAACGCGCCACAACUAAGCGUGCCCCAACUAAACGCGCCACAACUAAGCGUGCCCCAACUAAACGCGCCACAACUAAGCGUGCCCCAACUAAGCGUGCCACAACUAAGCGUGCCCCAACUAAACGCGCCACAACCAAGCGUGCCCCAACUAAGCGUGCCACAACUAAGCGUGCCCCAACUAAACGCGCCACAACCAAGCGUGCCCCAACUAAGCGUGCCACAACUAAGCGUGCCACAGCUAGGCCCACCAGCAAGCCAUGCGGCUGCAAGCCCUGCGGUCCUGGAGGCGAACCCUGCCAAGGAUGUGCCAAGAGGGAUGCACUGUGCCAGGACCUGAACAACAUACUCCGCAAUCUGGAGCGCAAGGUCCGCCAGUGCGUCUGCGGCGAACCCCAGUGGCUGUUGUAAGGCGUCUCCUUGAGGAUCCUCGAACCACUCCCGCACCAAACGAUGUGACCCCUGCACCCCUGCAGCUCGGCCAGGACUUUGACUUCGCCUUCGACUCCGACUCCGCCUUGUUUUCGUUUUCAU